CGGAAGGAAAAUCUAUCUUUAUAAAAUAAUUACGAAGCCGAUACGAAUUUGAGUCAUCACUUGUACUACUGAUAAUCAAUUUAAGAGCGUCGGGAUUGGUUUAAAUAGCGAUUAGGGCUGUCCUGAUUUCCAAGUUCCCCCCUCGUGUCCAGGUGAAAUGGAACGGUCCGUUCCAGGCAGGCAGGCAGGCAGGCAGGCAGACAUGUCAUGGCUGUUGCUCGGAGAGGUGAGGGAGGGAGAGAGAGGAGGAGUACGGAGAGAGGUGUAGAGAGUCUCAGGAGAGAAACACUCGCAAACACAGCACUCCUGCGCGUCCUAAACAUCCUCGGGUUGUAGUUUAUUCACCGCUGAUUUGUGUUUUGUGUUUGAUUUUCCUUUAAGGGGAUUAAUAAUACCCGUACAGCGUGACCUUUCGGCAGUACAGAAGUUUGCGUGUUUAUGAAAAACGCGCCGCCCCUGAUGGUGAACUUUGGACUUUUGGUUAUUUAUUUAUUUAUUUCGAUUCGGUUUCGCUAACAUGUCCACGGAAGGGUGAAGGGACAGAGGAAUAAAGACGAGUUUGCCCGGAGCUGAGGGCUGCUGGGCAGGACACAGGAAACUGGAGGAAGUUUUCCAGCCAUCACUGGCUUUCUAUCAGUGAUAUAUUCACUGGGAGGGAGGAAGGGAUCAAAAUGUCGGCCAAAGCUGCUGCAAAUAAGAGUGCAGCGAUGGAGGAGACGGUUAUAUGGGAGCAGCACACGGUGACUCUUCACAGGGCUCCAGGAUUUGGAUUCGGUAUCGCCAUCUCAGGAGGACGAGACAACCCUCAUUUCCAGAGCGGAGAGACCUCCAUCGUCAUCUCCGACGUUCUGAAAGGAGGACCGGCAGAGGGACUUCUACAUGAGAAUGACCGAGUGGUGAUGGUGAACGCGGUCUCCAUGGAUAACGUGGAACACGCCUACGCCGUUCAGCAGCUGAGGAAAAGCGGCAAAAAUGCCAAAAUUACCAUCCGGCGUAAACGCAAAGUCCAGAUCCCGGCGGCCCGAGCGGGCGACAGGGAAACCAUGUCGGAGCGUGAGGAGGACACGGAGGACGAGGAAUUCGCCGGGCCGGGCGUCGGAGCCAGCGCAGGGACGGGCAGACGCAACGAUCGGAGCGCCAGCCUGGGACGGAGAGAACAGAGCGUGUCCCCGCGGUCCGACAGGCGCUCGGUCGCCUCCGCCGGCCCGCCGCGACCCUCCAAAGUCACGCUGGUCAAAUCACGCAAAAACGAAGAAUAUGGACUGAGACUGGCCAGCCACAUUUUCGUGAAGGACAUCACACCCGAAAGCCUGGCAGCGCGAGACGGGAACAUACAGGAGGGAGACGUCGUGCUGAAGAUUAACGGCACCGUGACGGAGAACCUGUCCCUGACAGACGCUAAGAAACUGAUCGAGCGCUCGAAAGGCAAGCUGAAGAUGGUGGUGCAGCGAGACGAGAGAGCCACGCUACUCAACGUUCCCGACGUAGACGACAGCGUUCCUUCCGGCAACUCCGAACGAGACGAUAUUUCAGAAAUCCAUUCCCUCACCUCCGAUCAUUCCCAUGAGCAGUUGCGUGGCAGUCGCUCUCGCUCGCCGGACAAGCGCUCGGAUCCGUCCGACAUCUCCAGCCAGUCGCCUCAACAGAUCAGCAACGGAAGCCACAGGAGUCGGGAUGAGGAGCGUACCUCUAAGCCGCCGAUCGUGUCCACUCCUGUGAAGCUGACGGAAGACGCGCUGCUCGUCCCUGAGAGCGAGGAGACCGACAAGCAGAUUCCUCCACUGCCAGAACCGAAGCCAGUGUACGCUCAGCCCGGACAGCCGGAUGUCGAUCUGCCCGUCAGUCCCUCCGAUGCCCCCGUCCCUAACGCUGCACAUGAUGACAGCAUCCUGCGACCCAGUAUGAAGCUGGUGAAGUUUAGGAAAGGAGAGAGCGUGGGUCUGAGGCUCGCAGGAGGAAACGACGUGGGGAUCUUCGUGGCCGGAGUUUUGGAGGACAGUCCUGCUGCUAAAGAGGGUCUGGAGGAGGGAGAUCAGAUCCUCAGGGUAAACAAUGUCGACUUUGCAAACAUCAUCCGUGAGGAAGCGGUGCUGUUUCUGCUGGACCUGCCCCGAGGAGAAGAGGUCACCAUCCUGGCCCAGAGGAAGAAGGACGUGUACCGGCGGAUCGUGGAGUCCGACGUGGGCGACUCCUUCUACAUCCGCACGCAUUUCGAGUACGAGAAGGAGUCUCCGUACGGCCUGAGCUUCAACAAGGGCGAGGUGUUCCGGGUGGUGGACACGCUCUACAACGGCAAGCUGGGCUCCUGGCUCGCCAUCCGCAUCGGCAAGAACCACCAGGAGGUGGAGAGGGGCAUCAUCCCCAACAAGAACAGGGCGGAGCAGUUGUCCAGCGUCCAGUACACUCUACCCAAAACCCCCGGCGGAGACCGCGCCGAUUUCUGGAGGUUCCGCGGACUUCGCAGCUCCAAGAGGAACCUGAGGAAGAGCCGGGAGGAUCUCACCGCUCAGCCGGUGCAGACCAAAUUCCCAGCGUACGAAAGAGUCGUCCUCAGGGAAGCCGGGUUCCUGAGGCCCGUGGUGGUCUUCGGGCCCAUCGCCGACGUCGCCCGAGAGAAACUGGCCCGAGAGGUUCCUGAUCUGUUCGAGCUAGCCAAAACGCAGCGCCCUGGAGACGGGGAAAAAAGCGAGCCCCGAGACGCAGGAACGGAUCAGCGCAGCUCCGGAAUUAUCCGCCUUCACACCAUCAAGCAGAUCAUCGAUAAGGAUAAACACGCGGUGUUGGACAUCACCCCCAACGCGGUGGACAGGCUGAACUACGCGCAGUGGUACCCCAUCGUGGUGUUCCUGAACCCCGACAGUAAGCAGGGUGUGAAGAACAUGAGGACGAGGCUGUGUCCCGAGUCCAGGAAGAGCGCUAGGAAGCUGUACGAGCGCGCCCUCAAGCUGAGGAAGAACAACCACCACCUCUUCACCGCCACCAUAAACAUGAACAACAUGAACGAGGGCUGGUACGGUGCGCUGAAGGAGACGAUCCAGCAGCAGCAGAAUCAGCUGGUCUGGGUAUCUGAGGGGAAGGCGGACGGCGCGUCCGAAGACGAUCUGGACAUUCACGACGACCGCCUGUCGUACCUGUCGGCCCCCGGCAGCGAGUACAGCAUGUACAGCACGGACAGCCGGCACACCUCCGACUACGAGGACACGGACACCGAGGGCGGAACCUACACCGACCACGAGCUGGACGAGCCGCUGAACGACGAGCCGCUGAACGACGACGUGCUGCCGCGCCACGCUCCGGCCAUCAGCCGGUCCUCGGAACCCGUCGUGGAACAGCCUCCGCCCAGCUACGACGCCCUCGCGCGCAUCGAUCCGGCCGCCUUCAAAAACACGCCCCUGUCACACCAGAAAGCAGAUCCCGCUCUUCCUGAGCCAGCGCCCCCCGCUGCACACCUUAAUGUAGCGCUUCUGAGUUCGGCGGAGGGCGGAGCCGGACCGGGGGCGGCCAUCUUGCCCCCGGUUCCCGAGCCCAGCCAAUCAGAGCCCAAGCAGAUAAAGUACGGCGACGACCCGGCAGCACGCACGAGCCCCGGGUUAAAGCAGCCAACUGUUUACAACUCCCAGCAGCCGCUUUACCAGGACGAGCCGGCGUACGGGGAUUACGAUCACCAGCCGUACCGUUACGACGGUCCUUACGCCGAAGCCAAGUCUCGUAACUACGACUCGAACUCGCACGAUCAGUGGCCUGGAUACGAGCGACAAGGCGACUACAGCCCGGCGCGACCGCGCUACGGGAAGCCGUCCCCCUCGCCUGUCCGUCACGACGAAGCCCCGCCCACCGUCGCACCCACGCGUUACGACCAGGAACCCCUCCAUCCGCCCGCGUCUCGCUCUCCGGAGCCACCGAAACAGUAUUACGAGGCCGCGCCUCCCCUGAGGCCCACCCAGCCUAGAGGAUACGUGAACUCGGACACCGCGCCCCCUCCCAAAAUCGAGACCCUCCCAGCAGAGCCGGAGCCGGUAAACAAGCCCCUCCCACCCCCACCUCCGGAGGCAGGGGAAGACCCGGCGAUGAAGCCGCGGUCGGUCCUGACUCGGGUGAAGAUGUUCGAGAACAAGCGCUCGGUGUCUGUGGACCGCGCCAAAGAGAACAGCGACACCACGCUAAGAUCAGUGGACAUGGUCCCUAAACCAGGAGCAGCCUCCGUGCCCAAAGCCAACUCGCUGAACAGCCUUGAUCAAGAGAAGACCUUCAGAGCCCCCGAGCCCCAGCAGCCCCAGUCGAGACCCAGCGACAUCGUUCGGGCGAAUCACUACGACCCCGACGAGGACGAGGAGUACUACAGGAAGCAGCUGUCCUACUUCGAUCGCCGGAGCUUUGACACCAAACCUCCUGCACAAACACAACCGCAGGCUGUGAGCAAACCGGCACAACCACCGAGCCAGCCAGAGAACAGCUAUCCCAGGACUGAGUCACUGGAGAAGGUCAGUCCUGUUCCCCAGGUAACCCCAGUUGCUCCGCCCCCUUGUCUACCCAAACCUGCUGCGCCCACUCCUCCUCCAGAACCUCUCAAUUCUCCCAAAGUCAAGCCCCCGGGUCGUGAGGACACGGUGCAGAACUCCUACCUCCCCCAGAAGAGUUUCCCCGAGAAAUCUCCCGUGAACGGCACCACGGGCGCGCCUCCGCCCUCCUCCAGCUACACGCGCUACAACAUCCCCAAACCUUACACGGCCUCGGCGCGGCCCUUCGAGCGCAAAUUCGACAGCCCCAAGUUUAACCACAACCUCCUGCCCAACAUCACCACGGUCAAAGCGCCGUCGAGCAGCCCGGCUAAAACACAGCCGACGGGUCAGGACGGCGGGAUCGACACGUUAACCCGCGCGCCGAAAUACCAGAACAACAACAACGUCAACGCCGUGCCCAAGGCCAUCCCUGUCAGCCCCAGCGCUCUGGAGGAUGACGACGAUGACGACAUGCACACUGUCGUCGCUACGGCGCGAGGCGUCUUCAACUCGAACGGCGGGGUUUUGAGCUCCAUUGAGACGGGUGUGAGCAUCAUAAUACCCCAGGGGGCAAUUCCCGAAGGUGUUGAGCAGGAGAUCUAUUUCAAAGUGUGUCGGGACAACAGCAUCCUGCCACCACUCGACAAGGAGAAAGGUGAAACCCUGCUGAGCCCGCUGGUGAUGUGCGGUCCACAUGGUCUGAAGUUCCUGAAGCCGGUGGAGCUGCGUCUUCCUCACUGUGCGUCUAUGACUCCUGAUGGUUGGUCUUUUGCUCUAAAAUCCUCCGACUCCUCGUCGGGUGACCCCAAGAACUGGCAGAAUAAAUCUCUUCCCGGAGAUCCAAACUACUUGGUUGGAGCGAACUGCGUGUCUGUGCUGAUUGACCACUUCUGAGGAGGCUGUUUUACACACACACACACACACACACACACACACACACACACACACACACACACUGCCAUUAGUGAAGUGAGCUCUUUAACAUUUCGGAAAUGGAAAAAAUAAAUGAAGGAUGUCUGUGCUUUUUAUUUUUUGAGUUAUUUUAGUUCUGGAGAAAAGACGACAUGAUGUGGAGUACUGUUUCUCUUCAUUUCCUUCUUCCUCUUCCUCUUCCUCUUCCUCGUUUAUCUCCUCAUUGGACUGCACACGAAACACACACCUUCCCCAGGAUUUAGAAGAACUGCUGAUAGGAACUCUCCAGUGUGCACGCUGAAUUCAGUAUUUAGAGUGACUGUGCUGUAUAAAGAGGACUGAGCUUUAUUCCAUUUCAGCAAAGUGACACACACACACACACACACACACACACACACACACAGACAGAGUACGUGUGGAGGGAUUAGAGGAAGUGUAGAAAUAGAAACAGAAGCGGCGGAGUGUGACACAGACGUUCGGAAUAAGGAAAGAAAUCGUACGUGAAACAGCACAGAACGCGGAGAUGAACCGGUGCUGCUCCCCAAAAUCUCCCCAAAAUCUCCCCAAAAACCUCCUCAAACACUACAGUAACCUUCCAACUGCGCCCUCUGGAGGUGGAGCACAAACCUCCUCACGCUGUGAACAUCUAUGCACGCCAGACUCAGGACUCCUGUUCUCUCUCUCUCUCUCUCUCUCUCUCUCUCUGUCUCUCUCUCUCACACACACACUCUGUCUCUCCCCCUCUCUCACACACUCAGUCUCUCUCACACACACACUCUCUGUCUCUCCCCCUCUCUCACAGUCUCUCUCUCUCUCUGUCUCACACACUCUCUCUGUCUCUCCCCCUCUCUCACACACUCACCGUUUCUCUCUCUCUCUCUCUGUCUCCCUCUCUCACUCACACUCUGUCUGUCUCUCUCUCACACACACACACUCUCUCUCACAACACACACUCUCUCCCUCACACACGCACACACACUCUGUCUCUCUCACACACUCGCACUCUCUCUCUGUCUCUGUCUCUCACACACACUCACACUCGCUCACUCUCACACACUCUCCCUGUCUCUCUCUCUCUCUCUCUCUCUCUCUCUCUCUCUCUCUCUCACACACACACACUCCUGCUAAAGCAACGAUGCCUUAUUCAACUUUUUUCAACUUUGUCUGUUGUCUUUUUGUUCUAAGUUAUAUACGAUAAAAGCUACAAAAUGAAGUUCUGCCAGUGUGUUUAAACCUGAAACACACAUACACACACUCAGACACACACACACACUCGGACACACACACACACACACAGAGCUCGGGGUGUAUCUGCUAUGCACACGAUUCUGACACUGCAGAGAAAAUCCGCUGUAUAUAACGCUAACAUGGCCUUUUGUUCUUCGUUUGUAAAUGAUUUCUUUUUUUUUUUUUUUUUUUUAACGUCUUUACGGUUUUGUAAGAAAAGAAAAACUUAGGAAGGCAAAAAAUAAAUAAAUAAAUAAAUAAAUAAAUGCAGUGCAAAUGAACUUUAUAUUCCGGUUAUAUCUCGCAAACUUUGUGACUCGAUAGUAAUAUUAAUAUUUCCAGUUUUUUUUUAAAGGCAGUUUAUCCACACUAAUGUCCAAACGUUGGUUUUUUUUGUUGUUGUUGUUUUUGUUUAGUUUUUUUGUUUGUUUGGUUUUUUUUAAAACGUUUACCGCAACGUUUUUACACUUUCUUUUGAAACCAAGAAGAAAAUACUCACCUGGAGUUAAACACGCCUCUGAUACGUGUGUCGCUCUGCUUCCGCUCGGUUAUUUGUAACGCUGUUUACGUGCCCUGAAAUGUAUUUUUUUACUAAUAGAUGAUUUUAUUAUUGUUUAUUAUUAUUAUUAUUAUUAUUAUUAUUAUUAUUAUUAUUUUUAUGGCACACCAAUAAGAUAUAUCCUUUUUUUUUCCUUUUAAAUAACACUGCUUCAGUUGAAUAUUAGAUCUUCACACACGUGACUUUUUCUUCUUUUCAAUACAGGUAUGCCAUUAUAUCAAUUAAUAAAAUCAUUUUUCAAAUAAAAGUCUUUUUUUUGUUUGUUUUGUUUUGUUUGUGUAUGGACUAGAAAGGAUAUCGAAACACGUAAUACAUCCAGAUGACGAAGAGAUAUUCUUGUCUAGUAGAAAUAAAAAAUAAAAAACCGAUCUUGCCGCUCGAGGUUGUCUUUUGCGUAUUUCGAGCACUAUUCCGUCCGUGGAGCGAUCUCUUUAAACUUUAAGACGAGUAAACUGUCUGGAAACACGUUCCGAUUAUUUAGAUUUAUAUUUUCUUAUUUAUAUGUUUCGUGAGAGAUGUACGUGUUUCCUGCCAUUUUUGCGGCGCACGCCCGAUACGCUUCGUAGACGUCUGAGGGUUUCUGGCCUCGCUCCAGGGUUCUACUUGGAAACACUGUGUUCUUGAAUGUUUACGUAUUAGUUGUGUAUCGUUUAAGUAUUAGUUACCAGGCAGUAUGUUUCAGAGGGCGUGCGGAUUGAUUAGUGGUUAGAACGUUCGCCUCGCGCUUCCAGGGUCGGGGGUUCGAUUCUUUGAACACGCAAACUCCACUGCCCUGUGUGUGUGUGUGUGUGUGUGUGUGUGUGUGUGUGUGUGGAGUUUGCGUGUUCCUCCAGGGGUUUCCUCGGGGUACUUCGGAGGAGUCCAAAGACACGCAUGGUAGGCUGAUUGGCGUGUCCAAAGUGUCCAUAGUGUAUGAACGGGUGUGUGAGUGUGUAUGUGAGUGUGCCCUGCGUGUACCCCGCCUUGUACCCCCCAUGCCCCCUGUGAUAGGCUCCAGGUUUCCCCGCGACCCUGUAGGAUAAGCGGUAUGGAAGAUGGAUGGAUGUUAUGUUUUGGGGAAAUGCAUCCAUAUAAUACAAACAUACGGUUUAUAACGUCAACAAACUUGAACAUGAAUUCGACGCGAUUACCUUCUCCGUUCUCCGUUUUGUUUGGUCGAAUGAAAGGAAGGAAUAAUUAGUAAUGUUUUCAUCUCCCAGGUCUUCACAGGGCCUACAAGUGUUUCAUGCAUGCUAGUCCUUCCCCUAACGCAAUGUCCUGGAAAUGCUCAAGUGUCUAAAGGACGACGAGAUCGAGACUCCUCCUCAACUCCUGAGAAUACAUGCACGUGACCUCCAGGUACAUGCCAGAUGUGUCCACAUCUACACCUGAACGCUCUUUUAAGGUUAAAUCUUGUGAAAUCCGGACUUCGAAGUCUGCGUGAUGAAGAGAGGCUCUCUGACCUGCUGCUCCUCUCAGUCGAGUCAAAUAUUUAAAAACGCAACAGACAGACGAGUGCUGCUUUAAAUACAGGGCAUUUAUUUCAUCAGUAAUUCCAUGCUUAAAUACUGUAAAAAUAAAUAAAAUACAUCUGGUUAUGUACAUUA